AUGGGCGCGGGACCACCAGCCGGGCUCUGGCCAGCCAACAAACAUGUUCUCAACGUGUGUUUCCUAAACGGUGGUGAAUACGAACAGAAUACAGUCAAAUCCUUGAUCAAAAAGUAUUACCAUUCCAUCCCCAUGCGCCUCCGCUUCAAAUUUCUACCCGGACGAGACAUGAGCUCUUCCGACAUCCGGAUUUUAUUCUCAGACUGUUCCAAAGCCUACAUCGGACGUCAAGCCGAGUCUUACCCAGGCCAGCCCACCAUGUGGCUCAACAUGUACCCCAGGUAUCCGACGCAGGAUGCAGCUCGGAACAAGGUGCAAGCCGACGUCCUCCAUGAAUUCGGACAUGCAUUAGGCCUGGUACACGAGCAUAAACACCCGCACUGCAAGGCCAACUGGAACUACGAUCGUCUUAUGCGCAGGAAUCAAUGGGGAUUGGACACUGUGCGCUACAACUACAACGAUGAUACGCAUAGUGCCGUCAAUGCCAAGUGGGACAGGGCGUACGAUCCAUAUUCGAUCAUGCACUACCCUAUUGCGAGGGGAGACACGCAAAGUGCGGUGAGGGAGGUUCCUGAGAAUAUUGUGCUCUCUGCCAUCGACAAGGAGACCUUGGCGCUGCUUUACCCGGUAGUUGCUGUUGUGAAGCAGCACCCUACGGUGCACCAAGAGCCCACGAGAAAACAUGAGAAGGAAAAGAGAGAGAAAAAGCCUAAAGAGCCCACGAAGAAGGAUAAAAAGGAGAAGGAGGCUCGUCCUAAGAAAGAGAAACCUCGGCAAAAGGUGUAUAUCGGCGGGAACGACUCUGCCGUGGUUAGCGGUGGCUAUGUGGAGAUAAGUGGUAACGCGGAGGCGACCAUCCACGGCAGCGGCCAGGUGGUCGCCUCCGGCAAUAGCGAUGUCGUCGUUUACGGCGAUAGCACGGUCUGGGCAAGUGGGAAUGCCGAUGUCUAUGUCAACGGGGGUGGUUCUGCAACGGUGAGUGGGAACGCGACGGUGAAAUUCACAGGCACAGGCACGGGAAAGGUCACCGGGAAUGGUUCUCUUCGUUGGAACGCCUGA